AUGGCGGCCGCCGACGAGCCUAGUGCCGACAACGGCACCCACCCUCGCAAGGACGUCCUGGACAACGAACGAAGCGGGACGGGCAAUCCUAUAAAGAAUGGGGCAUCAGAAAAAUCCGAAUUCCCGGAUAAAUCGCAAGGGGCCGAGAGUCAUGGCGUGAUGUCGGCGCCGGGAAAGCAAAGCCUGGCCGAUGAGUCGUCCGCGAAAGCAUCCGAGACGGAGCUUUCGGUCGGGAAGGAGGAGUGUAACGAAGAUCCAGUUCAAGCUGACGCUGGGACUACUUCGGCGAGUGGUCUUGCAGCAGCACUAACGCGCCCGGCCACAACCGUUGUGGCCACAUCUAUUUCUGAGAUGGACGAUUUUGGCUUGCCUAUUCAAAGGACCGAAGCGAUACAGUAUGCAACGGAUCUCCCAGAGGACAGUUCCAAACCGGCGGAGCAGAGCUCCGAGAUGGGAAAUAUGUACCUACCGAAUGCCAACACCAAGGGGGCAAGUUCCGGGGCAUCCACCGAGUCACAGAGGAAGCGGUCUUCGCAGGGCAGCACUGAAGAUACCAACGGCAAAGUUGAGAAAAGCCCGACGUUCCCAGAAUUGGACACCACGCUUGCCAAUCGCUCCAAUACCGGCAUUGACGAUGAAGAUCUCCGGACACCGAUACCGUCCAGAGAGCGAGCUGCCUCCGAUGUGUCGGUUGCUUCAAUACCAGAAUCACAAAUCAGUGCAGAUGUGAAGUCACAGAAGCGAUACACUAAAGACUUUGCGAAGGAGCAUGCCCGUGUGGCAAGCGUGGCCAGUUCUGCAGACAUCCAUAAUACAUUGUCCGAGUUCUCCCACCAACAAUUGUCGACGGAAAAAAAGGAAGUGCCAUCUGGUGAUGACGGCGGUUGGCAGACGAUGCCGGCAUUCGCGCCGUACGACAUCUACGACGACGACAACCGCCUCAUCGCUCGCGAGCACGUCGAGACGGAAGAGGAUAGUUAUGGCUAUGCAGGUCUCGGCGGUGCUGGUAAGGGCUAUACACGUGUGUUGGUGGACGACGACGCCGAAUCCGCAACAAGCAUGGAUGAGAACACACAAUAUCUAUUCCAGCAACCUGGCAGUACAAGCAUAACGGAGGAUGAAGAGCAGCAGCGAGAUACGGUCUCACAGAUGCAAGCCACUAAGAACUUGCUAACGGAGGGACAACGAAUUGCGUAUGUCGGUAUCACACGUCUACAUCUCUCAAAUAUGGUCAAGGCAGUAGAGAGCAUCAAAAAGACAAAGGGAUCGCGCAGGACUCUUCAGAAUGCGACCGAUUCGAUGAGGAUGUGGUCGCAAAAGAUGAUGAUCCGGCUGUACGCUCAUAUGGAGAUCAGCAUAGCUGAGCAGGUCAUGAUUGAGCAGCUGAGCGAACACGGCGUAGAGCCCAAAGACCUGACGUCCGCACUGAUGGCCAAUUCGCGUGUCAGUAACCCGAUGGCAGGCAACAGAGAUAGUAUCAUCUCCAUGUCGUCUUCAAGGGCACCGCAGUCGCCAAAGGCGCCAAUGUCUCCUGGAUCUUUCGAAGAGGAAGCUGCCGAGCCGCCUCCGCCAUAUGAGGAGCAUACGGGCGAGGAACUUCCAGCUGUUCGUACACCAUCUCAGAUGCCAACGACGGCCAAGAUCGACAUCGACCUGCGGUGGACUAUUCUUUGCGAUCUUUUCCUCGUACUCAUCGCCGACUCUGCAUACGACGCACGAUCGCGAGUCCUCCUCGAGAUUGUGGGGAAGAGCCUGGAUGUGCCCUGGAUUGACAUCUGCAAGUUCGAGCGAAAGGUCACCGAAGCGCUGGAGAUGCAGCAGAAUGCCGAGACGGAAAAUUGGGACGAGAAAGACCACAUGGAGGCACGGCGAAAGAGGGCGCUGAAGCGACGCUACGUAAUGAUGGGCUUGGCAACUGUUGGUGGUGGCCUGGUCAUCGGCCUCUCGGCAGGUCUGUUGGCACCUGUAAUUGGUGCCGGCCUAGCUGCUGGUUUUACCACCAUCGGUGUGACCGGAACGGGCAGCUUCUUGGCCGGAGCGGGCGGAGCGGCUAUCAUCACGUCAUCUGCUGCGGCAUCAGGCAGUGUUAUUGGUGGUCGCGCUGCCGAACGGCGAACGGGUGCGGUGAAGACAUUUGAAUACCGGCCACUGCACAACAACAAGCGAGUCAACCUCAUCGUGACGGUGUCUGGCUGGAUGACUGGAAAGGUCGACGACGUGCGGCUUCCCUACAGCACCGUCGAUCCGGUCAUGGGGGAUAUCUACUCUGUUUUGUGGGAGCCAGAGAUGCUGACAAGCAUGGGUGACACAAUCAAUAUUUUGGCGACAGAGGCACUCACGCAAGGUCUACAACAAGUGCUAGGCAGCACGAUUCUUGUGUCACUGAUGGCAGCACUGCAGCUGCCGGUGGUUCUGACAAAGUUGGCGUAUCUCAUCGACAACCCGUGGGCAGUCUCCCUCGACCGAGCCACGAUGGCAGGAUUGAUCCUGGCGGAUUCGCUUAUUGACCACAGUCUCGGCACGCGGCCCAUCACACUUGUGGGAUACUCGCUGGGAUCACGGGUGAUUUACUCCUGUCUGUUGGAGCUGGCCCGCAAGGGUGCCUAUGGGCUGGUCCAGAACGUCUUCCUUUUCGGGUCUCCCAUCGUGGUGAAGAGGGACGAGUAUCUGCGAGCACGCACCGUGGUUGCGGGGCGUUUUGUGAACGGAUACAACCGGAAUGACUGGAUUCUUGGCUACCUGUUCCGUCUGACCAACGGCGGAAUUCGACGCGUGGCAGGUCUGGGGCCAAUCGACGAUGUUCCGGGGAUGGAGAACAUGGACGUGACGGAGUUUGUUGUCGGUCAUAUGGACUACCGGACCGCCAUGCCUCGGCUCCUGCGUGAAUGCGGCUGGCUUGUGGAGAGCGACGAGUUUCACGAGAUCGAAGACCCGGACCCGGACAACCAUGCGCAGCGGCAGCGCGAGCUGAUCAACGAAAUCGAGGAAGCACGCAAAGAAAUAGAAAAGGAGAGCAAAACGAAGAAGAGCGGUGCAUUCAGCUUUUUCAGCCGCAGGAAGAAGGGCGAAAAGCAAGAAUGGGAGAUAUACGAAGAGGCCGCAGCGGCCAGGCGAGCCAAAAACAUGAAGCCACAAGACGCGGAGGGGAGCGAAAGCAGAGUUCUGUUUGAUGUGGAUGCCAUCCGAGCUGAGCUGGCCAAGGAAGGGAGUAUGAAGGAGGCAGAUCUGCAAUUCGAUCAGCUGCAAGUGCGAGAGCUAAAGUCGACGCUGCCGCCAAUGAAGCUAGACGUGGCCUCGACAGCAGGACCGGAUUUGCCGCUUCCAGCGCCAGCAACGGCGAGAUCAUCGCUGCGGUCGUCGUUCAGAUCGCCGGGAAGGUCGCCAGGAAGGUCGCCAGGAAGAUCACCGAGCGGCAGUCUCGCGGAUCUGGACACUGGCGAAGCCGCAACGCCGUUUCAGCUCUCGCACGAGCACCGGUCAUAUUCGGCGUCAUUUGACAGCCACCAGCUGUCGGAUGAGCGGACACGACCAUUGCGAACGCGAGUGUCUUGGGCACAGCCAUAUACCAGCAACAUGGUGGCAGAAGAGGAUGGCAUAUCCAUGGUGUUUGACAGUUCGUUUGACGACGGGCCGUCGGGGGCGGAAGACCACACCAUGUCGUCGGCGACACCGUACGCUUCUACCAGUGUUACUCAUACGGACGAGUCGGAAGCCUCGAUGGACACAAGGUCUCGGCCGACGUCAACGGUACCGGCCAUCAAGCUGUCCGAUCCGUGGGGCGAUGACGAUGACGACGAUCUAGGGAGGGAACAGGAAAUAUCAAUGACAUUUGCAUAG